AAAAGGGAAAGAAAAAAAAAAAAAGAGAAAACUUUUCAAAGGGCAACGGCUACAAAUCCGCUCCCUCUUUCUCCACCUCCCUCUCUAUGAUCUCAAUUCUCUCCGAUCUCUCCGACCCCUUUUACCGGAAUUUUCCAAAAUCCUUCCGACGAAUUCGGACCCCGUUUUAGAGCACUCCCAAAUCAAUCACACACCAGAUUUGCUCAACACGUACACCCAACCAAUGGGAUAAUUUCAUGUCAGAAAAAGGAAAAAAAAUUUAAUUUAUUUUUUCCCCCAAUUGUUCUGAACCCAUCAUUUUCUUUACCCGAUCUAAUUUGUUGAUUUUUCUCCAAUUUUUGUUGUAUAUAAGCUGAUUUCCACUGACCCAUUUGGCUUUUGAUUCUUUCCACCGUGGUAGAAUCCUCUCACUUAUCUCUGGAAAAAAAGAAGAAAUUUUUGAUUUUCGCCCCCAAGAAAAACUUCUCCAUUUCUUUCUUUUCUCUCUUCUUGCUGUGGUGAAGCUGUCUCCCGUUGGAAUGUCUUAAUUCUUGAAGGAGGGAUUGCAUUUUUGGAAAAAACAUAAAAUAUUGCUGGGAUAUAUAGAUUUAGAAAACAGUUGGUUCACAAAAAAAAAAACAGAAAAAAAAGCUUAAAAAGAUUGCAGCAUCUUUUUAAGUUUUUUCUUCUUUCUCUCUGCGGUUGUUUUCAUACCUAUUUUUUCAGGGGUGGUGGUGAAAGAUUUAUGAAAAGGGGCAAUUCCUAUCUAAUCUGCUAGGUCUUGCUCUUUUUUAAGAUUCUUUUUUGUUAUUAUUAUUUCUUUUUUUGGUAGUAAUUGAUCAGAAUCUCAAUAGUUCUCAGUUGUUAUAUAUAUAUAUAUGUUUUAACUCCUUUCUGGGGUUGUAUAGCUAUUAUUUAUUUUGGGAUGGCUUUCCUUGUUGAUUUUUAAGCCGGAGAAAAGAGGGUGAAAAAAAAAGAAAAGAAAGGUUGCUUUUAUAGAUUUGUAUGAAGGUAGUGGUUUCUGAAGAGGCGGAUAAUCGUAAAAUGUCUGUUGCUGAUGUGGCUUUAAGCUCAAUUGGUGGUGCAGAGUCAGUGAGGAGGUAUCUCAGUGGAUUGAAUCUUGCCCCUGUUGGUGGUGAAUCCAUUGUGAUAUAUCUCACUCUUGCUGGUUCUGUCACUCCCAUGAGGGUUUUAGAUUCAGAUUCUAUUGGUUCUGUCAAACUUAGGAUUCAAUCAGAGAAGGGAUUUGUUGCCAAAAAGCAGAAGCUGGUUUUUGGUGGGAGAGAGUUAGCUAGGACUGAUUCCCUCAUCAAGGACUAUGGGAUUUCCAGUGGGAAUGUUCUGCAUUUGGUUGUGAAGGUAUCUGAUCUGGUUAUGAUCACAGUGAAGACCACUUGUGGGAGUGAAUUUGAUUUUCGAGUCGAUAGGCAUCGGAAUGUGGGUUAUCUCAAGCGUCUCAUUGCCAAGAAAGAACAUGGAGAAAAGGGUUUUGAUACCAAUGAUGUUGAGGAUCAGGAAGUUUUUCAUAAUGGCGAGAAGCUUGAUGAAGAUAGACUCAUCAAUGAAGUUUGCAACUAUGGUGAUGGUAUGUUACACUUUGUGGUUCAGAAAUCUGCCAAAGUUUGGGCCAAGCCUGUUGAGAAGGAUCUUGAGUUAUCUAUUGUGGCUCCAAAUUGGGAUGAAGUGAGUAGUGAUGAAAAGAAAGAACAACCUAGGGAACUUCAUGUCAUUUCUAGGAAGCCUCCGGACAAGAAUGCCGUUGAUCUUGAGCCAGUGAUUGGAAAUGCAGGGGUGAAAAUUCCUCCUGUUCUACAGGAUAUGAUUGAUUCUGUAUUCAAAGGUCUGGAGAAAGGUAUACCUCCUGUCCGAUCAUCUGAUGGAACAGGAGGGGCUUACUUCAUGCAAGAUGCAUCGGGAGAUAAGAUUAUAGCUGUUUUUAAGCCUAUAGAUGAAGAACCAAUGGCUGUGAAUAACCCGAAUGGCCUGCCUUUAUCCUUAAAUGGUGAGGGAUUAAAAAGUGGAACAAGAGUUGGGGAAGGUGCAUUGAGGGAGGUUGCAGCAUAUAUACUCGAUCACCCGAAGAAUGGAAGCCGUUGGUUGUCCAAUUGGGAACCUGGUUUUGCUGGUGUACCCCCAACUGUAAUGAUCCAGUGCUCCCACAAGGAGUUCAAUUAUUCAAAAGGAUUUGACAGUACAAAGAAGAAGGUGAAGAUGGGAUCUUUGCAGAUGUUCAUGGCUAAUCAUGGGAGCUGCGAGGACAUGGGUCCUCAGAGUUUUCCAGUGGAGGAGGUUCACAAAAUUAGUGUCCUGGACAUCAGAACUGCAAAUGCUGAUAGGCAUGCAGGGAAUAUCUUGAUGAGUAAAGGAGAGCAAGGCCAAAUCUCACUUAUUCCAAUUGAUCAUGGUUACUGCUUGCCUGAAAAUUUUGAGGAUUGUACGUUUGACUGGCUAUACUGGCCACAAGCACGGCAACCAUACUCGCAAGAAACCAUUAGCUAUAUAAAUUCUCUUGAUGCAGAAAUGGACAUUCGGCUUCUUCAGUUCCACGGAUGGAACUUGUCCCUUGAAUGUGCACGAACACUUCGCAUCUCCACAAUGCUUCUGAAGAAAGGGGCUGAGAAAGGUCUGACUCCCUUCACCAUCGGAAGUGUGAUGUGCAGAGAAACCAUAAAAAAGAAAGCUGUGAUCGAAGAUAUUGUUCGCGAAGCUCAAGAGUCGAUGCUUCCUGGUAUGGCCGAAUCAGCAUUUCUUGAAACGGUAUCUGAGGUUAUGGACAUUCAUCUUGACAAGCUCAUCAAAUCACCACUAUAAAGGUCUUAACUCUCUGGUUCAUAUGUAUAGAAAUUAUCCAUCCAUCCAUCCAUCUACACAGAUGGAUUUGGAAGUGACGCCUGAAAUAUAAAUAAUUUGAUUUCUGAGUUCUGUUCGAUUUGUGCCAGCUUCUAUCUAUAGCUCCGUAUUGAGCAGAAGCAGAAAUUAUGAAUAAAAAGGUGUUAUUAUUUAGUCUUACAAUGUGGCCCUUCUGUUUUUAUUUUCUUUUUCAUGCAUUUUUGUAGGCUGAAAAGCCCCCCCCCGAUCCCCCAGGAUCCGAGGAUCCUUUUUUAGUAGUGGUUAAGAUUGAACUUUUGCAACAAUGUGGCUAGUGAAAUAUGCCAUGUCCAUAUGUACUCCAUUUUUUGUACUAAAAUGAAUUUUGUUCUGUCCUAAUGCCUUGGCAGCAUUAGAUGUGUGCAU